UAUUUGCGGUCACCGGGAGCGAGACACGUCGCGCUCUCGCCGAGGUCCGAACGCACCGCGCGCGCCCACGCACACCGCGAACGGCCCAUGCCCGAAAAGGACCUCCCGCGAGCCCGCAUCUAACCUCAAUUCAGCGCGAGGACGAGCCGCCAAAACUUGAUCCUGCGGGCUGCCGCGUACACCGUCACGCGCCUGACUCCCGAGUGAACGAACGUCCCCGCACGUUACAACCCUUUCUGGCUGGCGGCUGCAACGUCGGAUGUGCGCGAGUGUUAUCCUUCUCAGCGUCGUCCAUCAUGAGGUGUAAGAGCAUCGCCAGGAAGCUGACAUCUCAAGAAGGUAGCGAAGAUGAGAUCGAGCUGAUUAACGGCGACGAGACUACGAAGCGCAUCGGCGACGAUACCGGCGAGAACGGUGAGGGUGCCGAGAGUGGAGACGGCGGCGACGGCGCUAGCUCGACCAUGGCGUUGGACAACAACAACGACAGCAAUCGAAAGAGUCUCCUCAGCGUAAAGCCGCCCUCGGAGUUGCUCGGCGGCUACGCGUACGCAGCGCACGCCGCCGACGCGGCCGGUUACAACAAGUACCUGCACUACGCGAAGAAGCAACUGCUCACCGAUUACUACGAGCUGCUGCGUGCGAGCGCCGGCGCGGGCGGCGCCAACGUGCCCACCUCCGGUGGUGUAUCCAACGGCUUCGGCGGGCUCUUCGGUUUGCUGCCGCCCGAGGUCGAACUGCGCAAGGACGGCGUGUUCGCCAAGACUGUCAUACCCAAGGGCACCAAGUAUGGGCCCUUCGAGGGCAAGUGGGCCUCUCAACCACAGGAAGUCAAGUUUGCUUGGGAGGUGAUUCUUCCCAAUGGUAGCGGCAGUGGGAGUGGUUGGUUGGACGGGUCCAUCGAGCCAAAGAACUGGAUGAAGUUUAUCAAACCAGCGCCGAGCAAAACAUCCGCCAAUACUACUCAUUUAAUCCAAGGCGGUCAGUUAUGGUAUGCUACCAUCCGAGAAAUCCAACAGGGAUGCGAAUUCGUGCUGGAGCCGAAAGGCCCUCUCAACUUACAGGAAUUGUAUGGCGAUUCUGUUUCCGCUGAUGACCGCAGUGAUCGUGAAACUGCAUCGCAACAUAGCGGCACAGUCGAGGACGAGAGCAACGAUAUUUGUAUUCGAGGUGACACCGAAGAAGACGAGGACGCUGAGUCGCGUUGUUGCGUCUGCGAUCAGCCCUUCACGGACAUCGAAGCAUUGGAUGACCAUUUGAUUCAGAAGCAUAGUUAUCGCAGGGACGAAUUCCGCUGUGACCUGUGCCCGAGAGCUUACGCUUACAAACCCUGCUUGAUCCGCCAUAGAUCACUGAUCCACGGUGAACACCGGAAAUACCACUGUGAAAACUGCCAUAAGGUCUUUACAGAUCCGAGCAACCUCCAGCGUCACAUCCGUACGCGUCACGUGGGUGCCAGGUCUCACGCGUGCACCGAGUGCGGGAAGACCUUCGCCACCUCGUCGGGACUCAAACAGCACACGCACAUCCACUCGAGCGUGAAACCCUUCCAGUGCGACGUGUGCUUCAAGGCGUACACACAGUUCUCAAAUCUUUGCCGCCACCGGCGUAUGCACAGCACCUGCCGCAUGAACAUCAAGUGUGUCAAGUGCGGGCAGAGCUUCCCAACCGCUAUGGCCCUGUCGAAGCACAGCCGUUUCUGCGACUCGGCCAACGCGCCGCCACGGCCACUACCGCCGCAAGGUGCACCCGCAUCUGGUAUGCCCCAUACUGCAUUAACCCAGAUGAAUCAGAACUUCUAUCGCCCACAGGGCAUGUUCUUUCCGUAUCCGUACCCGCAGUUGGGGCAAAUGUAUCCGGGUUUCAAUCCUGCUCUCUUACUAAGAAAACUGCAGGCUGAUCAGUUGGCGGCUGGCCAACAGGCUGAAGAGGAUGUCAAACCUUUGCUGCACAAGAUGGUCAAGACCGAGGUGAAAUCAGAGGGGCAGAAUGUCGAAGAUAAGAAACCGGCUAGAACUGAAUUGAAUUUAAAGAUGGAGGUUGAUGAAGACGAAGCGCCCAAAGAUCUUUCCAAGGGUGGAGCCAAUGACUUCGGCGAGAACUAUCUGUCGCCGGUGAAGGUUGAGAAGGAAGAUAAACCAUUAGACCUCAGCUGGAAGAAGGAGGACAGUAACAGGGACCCGCCGCAGGUUGUCGAGGAGCAGUCCCCCAAAGCGGAGAAACGUCCCCGUGACAGCCCCAAGAGCCCCGAACGCUACUCAUCUCCCGACGAGAAAGACGGCAGUAAAUUCAAACAUGACAUCACAUAUGAAAAGGAGCGUGACCUGCCCACGUUGUUUAAUCCAAGACCUCUUCAUCCCAUGCACUUGCUGGACCUCUACCGGCCGCAUUUCCCCUUCCCGGCGGCUUCCUCCCCCGACCGCCUUCUGGGCCCAGCGUUUCCUCCACGUCUAGGUAGCCAUCUCCCACAUAUGGGAGCGCACGCACAAUCUCGUCUGGACUUGAUGCGUCCUGCCUUCCACCAUCUAGCCUCACCCCCGCUACAACCACCACAUCACGCAAUGGGCGCGCCUGCUCUCGGCCUACCUCCAGCAGGUGGUAAGAUCAAAGAUCGCUAUGCUUGCAAAUUCUGCGGCAAGGUAUUCCCGCGCUCUGCCAACCUCACACGCCACCUCCGUACACACACUGGUGAGCAGCCGUACAAAUGCCGGUAUUGCGAGCGCUCCUUCUCGAUCUCCUCCAACCUGCAGCGACAUGUACGCAACAUCCACAACAAAGAAAAACCCUUCAAGUGCCCACUAUGCGAGCGCUGCUUUGGACAACAGACCAACCUCGACCGCCAUCUUAAAAAACACGAGGCCGACGAAGCAGGUGUACCCCUGGCGGACUCCCCGGGAUCAAGCACCGAGAAUGACCGUGAAGAAGCGGAACGCGAUGAUGCCUUCGAGGAGAUUCGUAGUUUUAUGGGUAAAGUAACAGGUGGCGCGCAUGAUCACUUCCGGUUGUACACGCCGCCCCUCUGCCCGGCUGACAAGGAUGAUGAUGAGGAGAACUACGAAUCCGCCGUCGAGGACCUCUCCAAGUUUCGCAACGCCAAGGAGAAGCACGACGCGCAGAUCAUCAACAACAACAACGCCAUUACGAGCACCAUCACGCCCUAACACUAGACGCAGGACACACGCACACAUCGCAUGUACAUAUACGUUGUUUUGCAAACGAUUUCAAUGCAAUGCUUCAAUUUUUCUGUACAUACCAUGGAUUUUCGAGUUCACACGCCGAGCACACGUAGCGAUAGUUCGGUAGAUAACGAUAAACACUUGUACACUGCGCUAGAGUUCAGUCUUCGAAUGUAUCGACGGACGAAGAAAUUAGUUAAGAAGUUCCUACCUUAUCACGGCGCAAUGAUCGUCGCAAGUUUGUAAAUUUAAGUAACAAGAAACAAUCGAAUUAUGUAUAAAAUAAAAACAAUUGUAGAGAAUCACGUACGCAUACUAGCCGUAAGAAUGAUAUAUAUUUAAGGAUUGAAUUGAAUUUCUAAAAUUUAAGACUUCAACAAAAAGAUUUACUUAUCUUUAUCUACUUACGUGAGAGGAGGAGGACGUUGUAAUUGACGAUGUUGCUUUAACGGUUUUUUUUUUAUGAUGAUUUAAAGGUUAUGUUAUGUUCCUUCGCGAGCGCGGGGGAGCGCCAAAUCGUACAAUUUAAUGGCACAAAUAUAUUUAUUUUUAUUUUUUUCGACAAA